AUGUCGCCGUCGCUAGUUUUCCUCUUCCUUCUCCUCCUAUCCCCUUUGCAGCCGUCCGCCGCUUCCUCCUCAUCAUCCUCCCCCGUCGAUGUUCUUCCCGUCGCGGGACAAUCAGCGUACGACAUCCUCGCCGGAUUCAACUUCCCCGCCGGCCUCCUCCCCCAGGGCGCCACCGGCUACGAACUCGACCCGUCCACCGGAAGAUUCCGCGCCUACUUCAACGGCACCUGCAGCUUCUCCCUGGAAGGAUCGUACCAGCUCAAGUACAAAUCCGUCAUCGGCGGGUACAUUAGCGAGAAUCGGCUGACUCAGCUCACCGGCGUCAGCGUGAAGAUCCUGUUCCUCUGGCUGAACAUCGUCGAGGUCGUGAGGAGUGGCGACGACAUCGACUUCUCCGUCGGGAUCGCCUCGGCGAGCUUCGGGAUCGACAAUUUCUUCGUCUGCCCGAGGUGCGGCUGCGGAUUGGACUGCGGCGGCGAAGGAGGAGCGAGCAAGCCUGCGAGGAGACCUUUUGUGUCCUCGAUCUAG